AGGGCUGUUGUUACCAUAGCAACCACAAGCAUUGGAGUUGCUACUGAAGAACGCGUCUCAUUCUCUCUGUCUGUCUCGUAUGUUUCUGUGUUCUUGUGCUCUACAGUCUUUUAUUUAAUGAGCGCCAGCAGAAGGACCUCAGGAAAGGAGGUCCGUGUCGUCUCUGUUUAUCCAGCGAGGGGAUUGUGGGAUCUCAGAGUGCGCUGCAGCAGGAUCUAAUGGCCACCGGUGUCGUCGGAUAGAUGUUUUAAAGAAGCUUUAUGGAUGUGGAGGUGUACAGUGAACUAUGACACACGGCCGUCAUGUGUCCAGUCUCCCUGAGGCUAAAAACACAGAAGAUGAGACGUGCUCCUCGUCCUCCAUCUGUCCGCUGUGUCGUCAUGGUUUCGAUGUUCCUCUGAUGCUGCCAUGUUCUCACACGCUGUGUGGCCGCUGUCUGACCGGAGGUGCGCGGCUGGACCGAUUCAAGGGUGGAGUUAAGGGCGUGUCCUCCGCCUCUCGUUCAAUCUGUGCCGUUCUCUGUCCAAACUGUCGUCACGGCGUCGAGCUACCCUGCUUUGAAUGGUCGUCUGCUGUGACCUGUCUGCCCUUUGACCCCACGGUGACCUGUGACCCUGAAGUGAAGGUGGAGACAUUCAUCGAUGGCAGUGUCGAUCUUUCUGAGGAGGAAAUGGAGCAAUCUGUUUCAGGUCUAGUGUUCACUCUCGAUGGCUCUGACCCGACCCUUGACCUCUCAAACUCCUCUCUCACUUUGACCUUUACGGGUGGCACACUUUCAGCCGGUGACCGCAGCGCUCGUGAGUCGUGUCCGCUCCCUCAGGUGUGUGGAGGGGUGUCUAUCUCCAGAGGACAGUACUACUGGGAGGUGGACGUCUGCAACAGCACCCUCUACAGGAUAGGUGUGAUCUCAUCAUCUGAUGGUCGUGGCUGGUGGCUGGAGAGGCGUGGCUCCUCGUGUCAUGCUGUGUUUGAUGGACGCCGUGAGCUCCUCCCCUCUGUGCCUCCUCAGCUGAAGACAGUUGGCGUGUUUCUGAAUGUAGGCGGGGCUUCUUUAACUUUCCACAAUUCUGUCACUCAAGAGUUUCUGGCUGCCAUCCCCUCCCACUUCACCGUUCCCCUCCGUCCUGCUCUUCAGCUGGGUCAGGGAAAGCUGAAGCUCCGCCCCGGCCUGCCUCCACCCAAUCACGUCUUUCUCGGUCAUAACUCUGCCUAUCGGGGUCCAGGAGGGGCGGGAACGGGGCGCUGGAGGAGGGACGUGGCGUUUGGGUCGGUGAAGGCGGUGAUAGAGAAGUUUGAGACUUCGUCAGGUGGCUCAGACUCAGAUUCUGGUCUCAUAUCUAGUUUCUGCUCCAGCUCAACUCUUGGCUCGCUGUCGGAGCCGGUGGAGAUGUCUGGGGGUGAAACGGCUCAGUAGACUUUGAUAGAUGUUCAGAAGAACAAACAAGAGGGUCAAAGACAAAUUCUUUGGAACCAGAAAGUACAUUUAAUGUGUAACCGAGCGCUUUAUUUAUGAGCUAAAGCAUUCCACUUCUCAGGUCACACCAAGACCAAAAAGAGAUUAGAGACGGUCACAAACACAUCUGAGGUGUUUAAUGUUUCUUCUUCACGUCUGGAGCUUGAAUGCACUGAGUUGCUUUUGUUGUAAAAGCGUCUGCCAAAUGUAAAAAUGUCAAUCUUGCUCUAAAGUAAUGCUUUGCAACAUUGUACAGGAUGAUUUAUAUUUAUCACUGACUGUC